CCCGCUUGCCACCCGCAAAGGGAGCAGAAGAGUCGCCUGCUUGCGCCAGGAGCGGGAGACUCAGAACAACUGCACAAACAGCAUGGAGGCCAGGGGCCCAGGGACCCGGGGGCCAGCAGGGUCAGCAGCCAUGCCAGGGGGCUACAUCUCCCCCAGCAGCACCUCCGCAGCACCCAAGGCAGACCCACACAUCAAGAGCGUUGCCGGAGUCUACGUGGAGGCCGCUUCUGGCAAGACGAUGAGCCUCAAUGAAGCUGUCCAGCAUCACUUGCUGCAGCCUGACGUUGCAUCAGCUCUCUUGGAGGCCCAGGCAGCCACUGGUGGCAUCGUUGACCUUGCGGGAAAGCGGCUGGUUUCUGUGGCAGAGGCCCUGGAGAUGGGACUGGCAGGGCUGGAGAUGAAGGAGAAGCUGCUCUGCGCAGAGCGAGCAGCAAAGGGCUUCACAGACCCUUAUACAGAGGAGAAGAUCUCCCUCUACCAAGCCUUGCAGAAAGAGCUCCUUGGAAGGGAACAGGGCCUGUAUCUGCUGGAGGCCCAGUUAGCCACUGGGGGCACCAUUGAGCCAGCCACAGGCCACCGCAUCCCUCCGCAAGAGGCUUAUGAGAAGGGCUACCUUGAUGAGAAACUAAGCAACUUCCUCUCUGACCCUGAGAACGAGGAGGCCAAGGGCUUCUUGGACCCAAACAACAACCAGAAGGUCACCUACACGGAGCUGAUGAGAAGGUGCAUUUGUGACCACACCAGAGGCCUGCUCUUGCUGCCACUGAAAAUCUCCUUUCCUGGGCUGAGAGGGUCUGUGUGCAGCCAUGAGCUCCUGGAUGCUGGAAUCAUUGACUCAGACAUGUUCAAAGCCCUCCAUGACGGGGAGCUCACGGCGCAGGAAGUGGCGGAGAUGGACUCUGUUCAGGGGUACCUCUCUGGGACAAAGAGCAUUGCCGGUGUGGCGCUGCUGCACACCAAUGAAUGCAAGAGUCUGUACCAGGCCUUAGCGGAGCACCUCCUAGUGCCAGGCACAGCUGUGAUUCUCCUGCAGGCCCAGGCUGCCACAGGGUGCUUGAUAGACCCUGUAAGGAACGAGAAGUUCACGGCCGAUGCUGCCAUCCGCGCAGGAGUUGUUGGGCCAGAGCUCCAUCAGAAACUGUCUUCAGCAGAGAAAGCAGUCACAGGGUACAAAGACCCCUUCACUGGCGAGACGGUCUCUCUGUUUCAAGCCAUGAAGAAGGGCCUUGUGCCCAGGGACCCUGGCAUUUUCCUGCUGGAUGCCCAGUUUGCCACUGGAGGCAUCGUCGACCCCCACACGCAUCACCGGCUUCCUGUGGAGAUGGCCUGUCAGCGGGGCCACUUAGACAAGGACACAGAGAGCCUCCUCUGCAAUCCCACAGAUGAGAUCCGUGGGUUCUUUGAGCCCAACUCCAGGGAGAAAUUGUCCUAUGCAGAACUGCUCUUGAGAUGCGUCACAGAUCCAGACACGGGUCUCUGCCUCUUGCCUCUCUCAGGAGGCCAUGGAAGGGAGCACUCCUUCAUUAACCACAACACAAAGUCUGCUCUGGAGAACAUGGCUGUGUCUGUGUCCUGUGGGAAAUUCAAGGGGAAGCACGUUUCACUCUGGAAGCUCCUCUUCUCAGACUACUUUACAGGAGAGCAGAGGACAGACCUCAUCCAGCAGUACCUCUCUAGGCGCCUUUCCGCUCGGCAAAUGGCUGACAAAGUCUCUCACACCAUCCAGCAAGCCGUUGCCAACUCCAGAGUCACCUUUGAGGGCUUGAGGGACAAGGUGACGCCCGCCCAGCUUCUGAGCUCAGACAUCAUCAACAAGAAUUUGUUUGAGAAGCUGACCCAAGGGGAGACCUUGGCCAAAGAUGUUGUCAGCAUGGGCACGGUGAAGAAGUAUCUGGAAGGGACGGGCAGCAUCAGUGGGCUUCUCCUGCCCGACUCCCAGGAGAAGAUCAGCAUCUACCAAGCAAAGAGGAAAGGCUUCCUGCGGCCAGGCACCUCCCUCAUCCUCCUGGAGGCUCAGGCUGCCACAGGCUACAUCAUUGACCCUGCAGCCAACAAGAAAUACUCUGUGGACGAGGCCCUGAAGGCCAACGUAAUUGGCCCAGAUGUUUACGACAAGCUCCUGACUGCCGAGAAAGCUGUCACUGGCUACAGGGAUCCUUACACAGGAGAAAAGAUCUCCCUCUUCCAGGCUAUGAUGAAGGAUCUGAUCAUCAGGGACCAUGCCAUCCGCCUGCUGGAAGCACAGAUAGCGACGGGGGGCAUCAUCGACCCCGUCAACAGCCACCGCCUGCCUGUGGAAGUUGCCUACAAACGGGGCUACUUUGACAAAAAGAUGAACCUGAUUCUCUCGGACCCCAGUGAUGACACCAAGGGCUUCUUUGACCCAAACACCCAUGAGAACCUGACCUACCUGCAGCUGAAGGAGAAGUGCAUCAUAGAGCCCUCAACCUCCCUCUGCCUCCUGCCGCUGAACAGCAAGAAGCCACGCUUCAUUGACGAGACCACCAAGCAAGCGUUCAGGGGCUCCUCGGUCUUUGUGAAAUACGGGCGCUUCCAAGGGCAAAGGCUCUCCCUGUGGGAUUUGCUGAACUCCGAGUACUUCAGCGAGGGAAAGAGGAGGGAAAUAUUCAACCAUUACUGCCUGCAGAAGGUCACCCUGGAGAAAAUCCGGCUCAUGUUGGAGGAGGAGAUGAAGAAAUGGGCCUGCAUCCAGUUCCCAGCCAUAAGGGGCCGCGUCACUGCCUACCACCUGAUGGAGAUGGGCAUAAUCGACAGGACCCUCUUUGAAAGGUUGCUGGAGGGAGCUGUGAGCCCAGAGGAGGUUCUGCGCAUGGGCUCUGUCCGGAAAUACCUCUAUGGCACUGGAAGCAUCGGAGGCAUCGUGCUGCAGCCCUCCAACGAACGAGUGAGUCUCUACGAAGCCAUGAAGAGGAACAUUGUGGUGCCAGGGGUAGCUGUGCCCUUGCUUGAGGCACAGGCAGCCACUGGCUUCAUCGUUGACCCAGUGAAGAAUAAAAAACUGGGCCUGGAUGAGGCUGUGAAGGAAGGCCUUGUUGGCCCCGAGCUCUAUGAGAAACUCCAACGGGCAGAAGAGGCUGUCACUGGCUACAAGGAUCCUUUCACAGGCAAGAAGAUCUCCCUCUUCCAAGCCAUGAAGAAGGGCCUCGUGGCUGACAAACAAGCCAGGCAGCUGAUGGAUGCCCAGCUGUCAACGGGGGGCGUCAUUGAUCCGCACUGCGGACAUUAUGUCCCAGUAGAAUUUGCCCAGAAAAAAGGUUACUUGGAUGAGGACUUCAGCAAAACACUUUCCAACCCAAGCAGUGGUGCCAAAACUUUCAGCACUCUGGACAGAAAGGAGAUGGUGACCUACAGUCAGCUGAUAGAUCAGUGUCAGAAGGAUGAAGCCUCUGGAGUCCACCUGCUACCUCUGCCGCAAGCAGCUUCUCCUGCCACCACAGAUGAGCAGAUCAAGCAGCUCUUCAGGGAGACCUAUGUGCAGGGCAAAAGGGUCUCCCUCUGGGAGCUCCUGAACUCUGGCUACUUCACGGAGGAGCAGAGAAGAGACUUCCUGGAGAAGUAUCGGUCUGAGGCAAUAUCACUACAGGAGCUGGUCACCCUUGUCCAGGAACUCAUCAAGGAAAUGGAACUGAAGGCUCAAAGCCAGGUCACUUUCCAAGGCCUGAGAGGUGCAGUUCCCGCAGUCUGGCUUCUGGAUACUGGCAUCAUUUCGGAAAAGAUAUUCAGAGAGCUGGCUCAGGGCAGGAAGACAGCCAGAGAAGUGUCUGAGAUGGACAGUGUGAAGAAAUACUUGCAGGGCACUGGAAGCAUCGCUGGAGUCUUCAUUCAGGCCUCCAAUGAGAAAAUGAGCAUUUACCAAGCUAUGCAGAAGAGCCUCCUUCUCCCAGGCACAGGGGCAAGGCUUCUGGAAGCCCAGGCAGCGACAGGAUCCAUCAUGGACCCCGUGACCAACCAGAGGCUUGGAGCAGAAGAGGCCAUCAAAGCUGGCAUUGUGGGUGAAGAACUUGUGGAGCAGCUACUGCAGGCUGAGAGGGCCCUGACAGGCUAUCCUGACCCCUACUCAGGGAAGCCCAUCUCAGUGUAUCAGGCAAUCCGGAAGGAGCUGAUCUCCACCACGGCUGGCAUCCCCUUGCUUGAGGCACAGCUGGCCACUGGAGGGGUCAUCGAUCCCAUCCACCACCUCCACCUUCCUCUCCAAGCGGCCUACAAGCACAACUUCUACGAUGAGGAAAUGCACAAGACCCUUUCUCAGCAGAGUGACGACACCUGCGUCUUCUUUGACCCCAACACACAGGAAAGCCUGACCUACCAGCAGCUGAAGGAGAGGUGCGUCCGGGAUGCCGAGACAGGACACUUGCUGCUUCCUCUCUCGGAAGAGGCCACUUUCUAUGCGGAUCAGCAGACCAUGGAAGUGCUGAAAUCUGUCACUGUCGGUGUCCACAUUGGGCGGUUUAAAGGCCAAGAGGCUUCUCUCUGGGACUUACUCCACUCUGAGUACAUCACCCACAGCAAGCGGAGAGAGCUGGUGGCAGCCUACAAAGAGGGGAACGCUGAGAUCCUUGAUGAGAUUGCAGUGGCUGCCUCCAAGGUCAUCGAAGACACCGAUCAGCAGAGCAAGAGGUUCACUUUCAAGGGCCUGCGCAAGCAGGUGUCAGCCAGCGACCUCUUCCAGUCGGAGCUCAUAGACAAGGAAACUCUGGACAAACUGAGAGAGGGGAAGAAAACUGUCCAGGAAGUCACCAAGAUGGAUUCAGUCAGCCGAUACCUUGAGGGCUGCAACUUCAUCGCUGGAGUCCUUCUACAGCCAAGCCAGGAGAGGCUGAGCAUCUACCAGGCCAUGAGGCAGAGUCUCCUCCGGCCAGGAGCAGCUCUGGUGCUGCUGGAAGCCCAGGCUGCCACUGGCUUCCUCCUUGACCCAGUGAGAAACAAGAAGUUGUCAGUAGACGAAGCGCUGGCAGGCGGGCUGAUUGGAAGAGAGAUUUACGAGAAGCUGCUGAGUGCAGAAAAAGCUGUGACAGGAUACACACACCCCUACACAAAAGAACAGGUCUCCCUCUUUGAGGCCAUGAACGAAGGGCUCAUUGUGAAAAGCCAUGGCAUUCGUCUCCUUGAGGCCCAGAUAGCCACGGGGGGCAUCAUUGACCCUGUUCACAGCCACCGCAUCCCCGUAGAAGUAGCUUACAAACGAGGCUACUUUGAUGAAAAACUGAACCAGGUCCUUUUGGACCCCACAGAUGAUACCAAAGGCUUUUUUGACCCCAACACCCACGAGAAUCUCACCUACUUGCAGCUUCUAGAACGAUGCACCCAAGAUCCAGAGACUGGACUGUACAUGCUGCAAAUAGUCAAAAGGGGUGGAAGGUACUUUUACAUCAACGAGGCAACCAAAAAGUUCUUGCAAGCACAACCGAUGCAGAUGCACAUUGGCAGGUACAAAGGCCAAACCAUCUCCAUGUGGGACCUCCUUUGCUCCCCAUACAUCCAAGAACAGAGAAGGAAAGAGCUGGUGCGCCAGUACAAGUUUGAGGGUCUGACCCUGGAACAACUCAGCAAAGCCAUCACUGCUAUCAUCGAGGAAACGGAGCAGCAGAUGCAGGCCCUCAAGGUGAAGGGACCAAGGGGGGACGUGUCAGCGGCAGAGCUGUUCAACUCUGAGAUCAUUGAUAAGAAGACCCUGGAUGGGCUUCAGCAGGGGCCUGGUGCCCUUCAGCAACUUGCCCAGAAGGACUCAGUGAAGCGAUACCUGGAGGGAACAGGCUGCAUCGCCGGAGUCUUAGCAGCCAAAGGGCAGAAGAUGACCAUCUAUGAAGCCAUGAAGAAAGGGGUCCUGUCCCCAGAACAUGGUCUGAUGUUGCUGGAAGCACAGGCUGCCACCGGAUUCAUCAUCGACCCAUUGAAGAAGAAGACAUUCUCCGUUGACCAAGCGAUCUCUGUGAGGCUUGUGGGUGAAGACCUUCGAGAGAAACUUCUUUCUGCAGAGAAAGCCGUUACUGGCUACACUGACCCUUCCACAGGGAACAAAAUAUCUCUCUUCCAAGCCAUGAAAAAAAGCAUCGUAGAGAAAGAACUUGCUCUCAGGCUUUUGGAGGCCCAGAUUGCAACUGGCGGCAUCAUUGACCCUCUGCAUGGUCACCGCAUCCCUGUGGAAGUGGCUUACAAACGGGAGUGUUUGGAUGAGGGCACUUACCUCCGGCUUUCUGAUCCAAAAUAUGCUACCAAAGGAUUUGUGGAUCCCAACACCCAGGAAAGGAUUACCUACGCCCAACUAUUGCACAGGUGCACCAAAGAGACAGGGGUGUACCUCCUACAGCUGCUGAGCAAGAGGGACUAUUUCUAUGUAGAUGAAAUAACAAAAAAUAUACUUUCAUCCACCAAAGUAAAUGUAACACUUGGGAAAUUCAGGGGCCAGAUUGUGUCUCUGUGGGACCUUCUUACUUCAAGCUACUUCACUGAAGAGAAGAGGAACGAGCUGAUUAAAAAAUACAAACUGGAAUCUUCUGCUGUUCUGCAGCACAUCACAGAUGAAAUUCUGAGCAUAAUAAAAGAAAAAGAAGAAAAUAGAAGAGACAUAUGGUUCCAAGGGCUACGGAAACAAGUCACAGCUUCGGAACUACUGAAAGCAGAAAUAAUAGGUAAAGAGACGCUGAAGAGCCUGGAGGAAGGAAAGCAGACAGCAAAAGACGUGGCAAAGAUCGACUCGGUGAGACGCUACCUGGAAGGCACCAGCUGCAUUGCUGGAGUGCUUGUGCCGUCCAAGACAGAUCCUUCCAAGACCGAGAAGAUGAGCAUCUACCAGGCCAUGUGGAAGAAUGUCUUGAGGCCAGGCACUGCUCUGGUGCUGCUGGAAGCACAAGCUGCCACUGGGUUCAUCAUUGACCCCCUGAAGAAUGAGAGACUGUCUGUCGAUGAGGCCAUCUCUGCCAGGCUGGUGGGUGGAGAAAUUCACAACAAGCUCCUUUGUGCUGAGAAAGCUGUCACUGGAUAUACUGAUCCAAACACAGGGAAAAAGAUCUCUCUUUUCCAGGCCAUGAAGAAAGAUCUGAUCAUCAAAGAGCACGGCAUCCGCCUGCUAGAAGCCCAGAUUGCUACGGGGGGCAUAAUUGACCCAGUCAACAGCCAUCGUGUCCCUGUUGAGGUGGCCUACAAACGGGGCUAUUUUGAUGAGAAAAUGAACCAAAUUCUCUCAGACCCCACGGAUGACACCAAGGGCUUCUUCGACCCCAACACCCACGAGAACCUCACGUAUAUGCAGUUGCUUAAGAGAUGUGUUCAGGACACAGAAACUGGACUAAUGAUGCUUCAAAUACAGGAUCAGACUUCAAUUGCCUUCAGUUUGGAUGAAAAUAUAAAGAAGACUUUGAGGUCUACGACAACAAGAGUAAAUGUGGGUGAUUUCCAAGGACAAGUGGUUUCCCUUUGGGAUCUCCUCUUCUCUAAAUACAUUACAGAAAAUAAAAGCCAAGAGCUCAUAAGACUAUACAAAUCUGGAAAAAAAACAAUUGAGGAAAUGAUUGUUACAUUGAUAUCAACAAUCAAAGAGAAAGAGGAGCAGAGCAUCAACCAACAGAGAAAACUAGAAAAUGAAACCGCCCACCUGUCCUUUGAAGAGAACUGGCAGAAGACCUUGAAGUCCACGACCCUCCAAAUGCCUACUGGGCCAGAAAGAGGCCAGACGGUCACUGUGUGGGACCUGCUCUUCUCCAACUAUAUCACGGAAGAAAAGAGGGCAGAGUUCUUGGACUUGUACAAGAGAGGGAUGAUAUCAGUUGACCGGUUGAUCCAUGUCCUCACCACCCUGGUCAGAAAAAAGGAAGCCACAAGUAGGAAAUUGGACAUUAAAGUGAGAAGCACCAGCAACGAUGACCCUGAGCGGGAGGAGGAGGAAGUGAAGGAUGAUGAUGAAGAAGAAGAAGAAGAAGAGGAGAUGGACGCGCCAGUACUGGGAGAAAAAGAAGUGGCUCUGAAAUCCCGGAAGGUUAAAGUCACCGCAAGCGCGUUCCACGGAAGGGAGGUUUCUGUGUGGGACGUGCUCCACUCCAAAUACAUCCCUGAGGAGAAGCGGAAGGAGCUGCUUCAAUGCUAUAAAUCCGGCAUCCUCACCAUUGACCAAAUGGAAACUGUAGUCACCGCCAUCGUCAACAAAACAGAGGAGGAGAAAACAAAGGAAGCAUCCCACUCGCCCUCAGGAAGCUGGGAAGAGCCCUUGCGGAAUCACACGGUGGUCCUGCAUGUGGGUGAGUUCCAGGGGCAAGAAGUCUCCCUGUGGGACCUCCUCUUCUCUCAAUACGUUGCAGAAGCCCAGAGAGAGGAGCUCUUCACAAAGUACCGGUCGGGAAUCCUCAGCAUUCAGGAAAUGAUCGUCACGCUGGCCCCCCUUCUCACAGAGACAGGAGGAAGCCACGGCGGAGAUGGAGAAGCUCCCCGCAGUCCCAGCAGGGAAACAUCUUCGCACGAGGAAGAACUGGAAAGUGCCUUGCGGCGGGUGACCGUGGAGGUGCCCUCGGGCAAGUUCCAAGGCCACAGGGAGUCCGCAUGGGAGCUUCUCUUCUCCAAAUACGUGACCGCAGACAAACGGCGGGAACUCCUGGAGAAGUACCGAGGAGGAUCCUUGACCAGCGAGGAGCUCAUCCGAAGAAUCACCAUCCUCAUUAAGGAGAUGGAGGAAAAGAGCAACGAGCUGAAAUUCUCCGGGCUCAGGAGGCAGGUGACAGCCUCGGAGCUCUUCAACUCGGAAAUCAUUGACAAGGAAACACUCUCUGAACUCACGCACGGAACCAAAACUGUGGAAGAGGUGACGGAAAGAGAUUCGGUGAAGCGAUACCUGGAGGGCACCAGCUGCAUUGCCGGAGUUCUCGUGCCGUCCCGCUCAGACCCUUCCAAGACGGAGAAGAUGACCAUCUACCAGGCCAUGUGGAAAGGCUUCUUGAGGCCGGGCACCGCCCUGGUGCUGCUGGAGGCCCAGGCCGCCACGGGGUUCAUGACGGACCCUCUGAAGAACGAGAAGCUCUCUGUGGACGAAGCUGUUUCUGCCGAGCUGGUGGGUGCUGAGCUGAAGGAGAAGCUUCUCUCUGCAGAGAGAGCCGUGACCGGAUACAACGACCCCUACACGGGGAACAAGAUCUCCCUUUUCCAGGCCAUGAAGAAAGGCCUCAUCGUCAAAGAUCACGGCAUCCGCCUGCUGGAGGCUCAGAUCGCCACUGGCGGCAUCAUCGACCCAGUGCAGAGUCAUCGCCUGCCCGUCAACGUAGCGUACAAGCGGGGCUUCUUUGACGAGGAAAUGAACCGCGUCCUCUCAGAUCCCUCCGAUGACACCAAGGGCUUCUUUGAUCCCAACACCCACGAGAACCUCACCUACUUGCAGCUCCGGCACAGGUGUCUCCCCGAUCCUGAGACCGGUCUGUUGAUGCUGCAAGUGUUGGACAAGGGCUCCUUUUCCUUCUACCUGAACGACAGGACAAGGAAGGCCCUGCAGUCUGCCAAGACCAGGGUUGGCGUGGGCCUCUUCGAGGGCCAAGACGUCUCCGCCUGGGACCUCCUCUUCUCCAGAUACAUCUCUCCGCAUAAGAGGAUGGAGCUGCUGAAGCAGUACAAAGCUGGCACUCUAACCCUCGAGGAGAUCACCCACAUCCUCGUUACCACUGUUACCGAGACAGAGGAAAAGAAUGCCAAGCCGACAGGCCACGAACACGCUCCACGUACCCCUCAAGCAACAUCACCAAAGCCAGACACUGCCCAGCCAUCCUUCGAAGAGAACUGGCAGAAGACCUUGAAGUCCACGACCCUCCAAAUGCCUGCUGGGCCACAAAGAGGCCAGACGGUCACUGUGUGGGACCUGCUCUUCUCCAACUAUAUCACAGAAGAAAAGAGGGCAGAGUUCUUGGACUUGUACAAGAGAGGGAUGAUAUCAGUGGACCGGUUGAUCCAUGUCCUCACCACCCUGGUCAGAAAAAAGGAAGCCACAAGUAGGAAAUUGGACAUUAAAGUGAGAAGCACCAGCAACGAUGACCCUGAGCGGGAGGAGGAGGAGGAAGAAGACGAUGAUGAUGAUGAUGAAGAGGAGAUGGACGCGCCAGAACUGGGAGAAAAAGAAGUGGCUCUGAAAUCCCGGAAGGUUAAAGUCACCGCAAGCGCGUUCCACGGAAGGGAGGUUUCUGUGUGGGACGUGCUCCACUCCAAAUACAUCCCUGAGGAGAAGCGGAAGGAGCUGCUUCAAUGCUAUAAAUCCGGCAUCCUCACCAUUGACCAAAUGGAAACUGUAGUCACCGCCAUCGUCAACAAAACAGAGGAGGAGAAAACAAAGGAAGCAUCCCACUCGCCCUCAGGAAGCUGGGAAGAGCCCUUGUGGAAUCACACGGUGGUCCUGCAUGUGGGUGAGUUCCAGGGGCAAGAAGUCUCCCUGUGGGACCUCCUCUUCUCUCAAUACGUUGCAGAAGCCCAGAGAGAGGAGCUCUUCACAAAGUACCGGUCGGGAAUCCUCAGCAUUCAGGAAAUGAUCGUCACGCUGGCCCCCCUUCUCACAGAGACAGGAGGAAGCCACGGUGGAGAUGGAGAAGCUCCCCGCAGUCCCAGCAGGGAAACAUCCUCGCACGAGGAAGAACUGGAAAGUGCCUUGCGGCGGGUAACCGUGGAGGUGCCCUCGGGCGAGUUCCAAGGCCACAGGGAGUCCGCAUGGGAGCUUCUCUUCUCCAAAUACGUGACCGCAGACAAACGGCGGGAACUCCUGGAGAAGUACCGAGGAGGAUCCUUGACCAGCGAGGAGCUCGUGCGAAGAAUCACCAUCCUCAUUGAGGAGAUGGAGGAAAAGAGCAACAAGCUGAAAUUCUCCGGGCUCAGGAGGCAGGUGACAGCCUCGGAGCUCUUCAACUCGGAAAUCAUUGACAAGGAAACACUCUCUGAACUCACGCACGGAACCAAAACUGUGGAAGAGGUGACGGAAAGAGAUUCGGUGAAGCGAUACCUGGAGGGCACCAGCUGCAUUGCCGGAGUUCUCGUGCCGUCCCGCUCAGACCCUUCCAAGACGGAGAAGAUGACCAUCUACCAGGCCAUGUGGAAAGGCUUCUUGAGGCCGGGCACCGCCCUGGUGCUGCUGGAGGCCCAGGCCGCCACGGGGUUCAUGACGGACCCUCUGAAGAACGAGAAGCUCUCUGUGGACGAAGCUGUCUCUGCCGAGCUGGUGGGUGCCGAGCUGAAGGAGAAGCUUCUCUCUGCAGAGAGAGCCGUGACCGGAUACAACGACCCCUACACGGGGAACAAGAUCUCCCUUUUCCAGGCCAUGAAGAAAGGCCUCAUCGUCAAAGAUCACGGCAUCCGCCUGCUGGAGGCUCAGAUUGCCACUGGCGGCAUCAUCGACCCAGUGCAGAGUCAUCGCCUGCCCGUCAACGUAGCGUACAAGCGGGGCUUCUUUGACGAGGAAAUGAACCGCGUCCUCUCAGAUCCCUCCGAUGACACCAAGGGCUUCUUUGAUCCCAACACCCACGAGAACCUCACCUACUUGCAGCUCCGGCACAGGUGUCUCCCCGAUCCUGAGACCGGUCUGUUGAUGCUGCAAGUGUUGGACAAGGGCUCCUUUUCCUUCUAUCUGAAUGACAGGACGAGGAACGCCCUGCAGUCUGCCAAGACCAGGGUUGGCGUGGGCCUCUUCGAGGGCCAAGACGUCUCCGCCUGGGACCUCCUCUUCUCCAGAUACAUCUCUCCGCAUAAGAGGAUGGAGCUGCUGAAGCAGUACAAAGCUGGCACUCUAACCCUCGAGGAGAUCACCCACAUCCUCGUUACCACCGUUACUGAGACAGAGGAAAAGAACGCCAAGCCGACAGGCCACAAACACGCUCCACGUACCCCUCAAGCAACAUCACCAAAGCAAGACACUGCCCAGCCAUCCUUCGAAGAGAACUGGCAGAAGACCUUGAAGUCCACGACCCUCCAAAUGCCUGCUGGGCCAGAAAGAGGCCAGACGGUCACUGUGUGGGACCUGCUCUUCUCCAACUAUAUCACGGAAGAAAAGAGGGCAGAGUUCUUGGACUUGUACAAGAGAGGGAUGAUAUCAGUGGACCGGUUGAUCCAUGUCCUCACCACCCUGGUCAGAAAAAAGGAAGCCACAAGUAGGAAAUUGGACAUUAAAGUGAGAAGCACCAGCAACGAUGACCCUGAGCGGGAGGAGGAGGAAGUGAAGGAUGAUGAUGAAGAAGAAGAAGAAGAGGAGAUGGACGCGCCAGAACUGGGAGAAAAGGAAGUGGCUCUGAAAUCCCGGAAGGUUAAAGUCACCACAAGCGCGUUCCAUGGAAGGGAGGUUUCCAUGUGGGACGUGCUCCACUCCAAAUACAUCCCUGAGGAGAAGCGGAAGGAGCUGCUUCAAUGCUAUAAAUCCGGCAUCCUCACCAUUGACCAAAUGGAAACUGUAGUCACCGCCAUCGUCAACAAAACAGAGGAGGAGAAAACAAAGGAAGCAUCCCACUCGCCCUCAGGAAGCUGGGAAGAGCCCUUGCGGAAUCACACGGUGGUCCUGCAUGUGGGCGAGUUCCAGGGGCAAGAAGUCUCCCUGUGGGACCUCCUCUUCUCUCAAUACGUUGCAGAAGUCCAGAGAGAGGAGCUCUUCACAAAGUACCGGUCGGGAAUCCUCAGCAUUCAGGAAAUGAUCGUCACCCUGGCCGCCCUUCUCACAGAGACAGGAGGAAUGCCACGGUGUGAUGGAGAAGCUCCCCGCAGUCCCAGCAGGGAAACAUCCUUGUGCGAGGAAGAACUAGAAGAUGCCUUGCGGCGGGUGACCGUGGAGGUGUCCUCGGGCGAGUUCCAAGGCCACAGGCAGUCCGCAUGGGAGCUUCUCUUCUCCAGAUACAUCUCUCCGCAUAAGAGGAUGGAGCUGCUGAGGCAGUACAAAGCUGGCACCCUAACCCUUGAGGAUAUCACCCACAUCCUUGUUACCACUGUUACCGAAACAGAGGAAAGGAACACCAAGCCGACAGGCCACGAACACGCUCCAUGUACCCCUCAAGCAACAUCACCAAAGCAAGACACUGCCCAGCCAUCCUUCGAAGAGAACUGGCAGAAGACCUUGAAGUCCACGACCCUCCAAAUGCCUGCUGGGCCACAAAGAGGCCAGACGGUCACUGUGUGGGACCUGCUCUUCUCCAACUAUAUCACAGAAGAAAAGAGGGCAGAGUUCUUGGACUUGUACAAGAGAGGGAUGACAUCAGUGGACCGGUUGAUCCAUGUCCUCACCUCCCUGGUCAGAAAAAAGGAAGCCACAAGUAGGAAAUUGGACAUUAAAGUGAGAAGCACCAGCAACGAUGACCCUGAGCGGGAGGAGGAGGCGGAAGAAGACGAUGAUGAUGAUGAAGAAGCGGAGAUGGACGCGCCAGAACUGGGAGAAAAAGAAGUGGCUCUGAAAUCCCGGAAGGUUAAAGUCACCGCAAGCGCGUUCCACGGAAGGGAGGUUUCUGUGUGGGACGUGCUCCACUCCAAAUACAUCCCUGAGGAGAAGCGGAAGGAGCUGCUUCAAUGCUAUAAAUCCGGCAUCCUCACCAUUGACCAAAUGGAAACUGUAGUCACCGCCAUCGUCAACAAAACAGAGGAGGAGAAAACAAAGGAAGCAUCCCACUCGCCCUCAGGAAGCUGGGAAGAGCCCUUGCGGAAUCACACGGUGGUCCUGCAUGUGGGUGAGUUCCAGGGGCAAGAAGUCUCCCUGUGGGACCUCCUCUUCUCUCAAUACGUUGCAGAAGCCCAGAGAGAGGAGCUCUUCACAAAGUACCGGUCGGGAAUCCUCAGCAUUCAGGAAAUGAUCGUCACGCUGGCCCCCCUUCUCACAGAGACAGGAGGAAGCCACGGUGGAGAUGGAGAACCUCCCCGCAGUCCCAGCAGGGAAACAUCUUCGCACGAGGAAGAACUGGAAAGUGCCUUGCGGCGGGUGACCGUGGAGGUGCCCUCGGGCGAGUUCCAAGGCCACAGGCAGUCCGCAUGGGAGCUUCUCUUCUCCAAAUACGUGACCGCAGAGAAACGGCAGGAACUCCUGGAGAAGUACCGAGGAGGAUCCUUGACCAGCGAGGAGCUCGUGCGAAGAAUCACCAUCCUCAUUGAGGAGAUGGAGGAAAAGAGCAACAAGCUGAAAUUCUCCGGGCUCAGGAGGCAGGUGACAGCCUCGGAGCUCUUCAACUCGGAAAUCAUUGACAAGGAAACACUCUCUGAACUCACGCACGGAACCAAAACUGUGGAAGAGGUGACGGAAAGAGAUUCGGUGAAGCGAUACCUGGAGGGCACCAGCUGCAUUGCCGGAGUUCUCGUGCCGUCCCGCUCAGACCCUUCCAAGACGGAGAAGAUGACCAUCUACCAGGCCAUGUGGAAAGGCUUCUUGAGGCCGGGCACCGCCCUGGUGCUGCUGGAGGCCCAGGCCGCCACGGGGUUCAUGACGGACCCUCUGAAGAACGAGAAGCUCUCUGUGGACGAAGCUGUUUCUGCCGAGCUGGUGGGUGCUGAGCUGAAGGAGAAGCUUCUCUCUGCAGAGAGAGCCGUGACCGGAUACAACGACCCCUACACGGGGAACAAGAUCUCCCUUUUCCAGGCCAUGAAGAAAGGCCUCAUCGUCAAAGAUCACGGCAUCCGCCUGCUGGAGGCUCAGAUCGCCACUGGCGGCAUCAUCGACCCAGUGCAAAGUCAUCGCCUGCCCGUCAACGUAGCGUACAAGCGGGGCUUCUUUGACGAGGAAAUGAACCGCGUCCUCUCAGAUCCCUCCGAUGACACCAAGGGCUUCUUUGAUCCCAACACCCACGAGAACCUCACCUACUUGCAGCUCCGGCACAGGUGUCUCCCCGAUCCUGAGACCGGUCUGUUGAUGCUGCAAGUGUUGGACAAGGGCUCCUUUUCCUUCUAUCUGAACGACAGCACGAAGAAGGCCCUGCAGUCUGCCAAGACCAGGGUUGGCGUGGGCCUCUUCGAGGGCCAAGACGUCUCCGCCUGGGACCUCCUCUUCUCCAGAUACAUCUCUCCGCAUAAGAGGAUGGAGCUGCUGAAGCAGUACAAAGCUGGCACUCUAACCCUUGAGGAGAUCACCCACAUCCUCGUUACCACCGUUACCGAGACAGAGGAAAAGAACGCCAAGCCGACAGGCCACAAACACGCUCCACGUACCCCUCAAGCAACAUCACCAAAGCCAGACACUGCCCAGCCAUCCUUCGAAGAGAACUGGCAGAAGACCUUGAAGUCCACGACCCUCCAAAUGCCUGCUGGGCCACAAAGAGGCCAGACGGUCACUGUGUGGGACCUGCUCUUCUCCAACUAUAUCACGGAAGAAAAGAGGGCAGAGUUCUUGGACUUGUACAAGAGAGGGAUGAUAUCAGUGGACCGGUUGAUCCAUGUCCUCACCACCCUGGUCAGAAAAAAGGAAGCCACAAGUAGGAAAUUGGACAUUAAAGUGAGAAGCACCAGCAACGAUGACCCUGAGCGGGAGGAGGAGGAGGAAGAAGACGAUGAUGAUGAUGAUGAAGAGGAGAUGGACGCGCCAGAACUGGGAGAAAAAGAAGUGGCUCUGAAAUCCCGGAAGGUUAAAGUCACCACAAGCGCGUUCCACGGAAGGGAGGUUUCUGUGUGGGACGUGCUCCACUCCAAAUACAUCCCUGAGGAGAAGCGGAAGGAGCUGCUUCAACUCUACAAAUCUGGAGUCCUCACCAUUGACCAAAUGGAAACUGUAGUCACCGCCAUCGUCAACAAAACAGAGGAGGAGAAAACAAAGGAAGCAUCCCACUCGCCCUCAGGAAGCUGGGAAGAGCCCUUGCGGAAUCACACGGUGGUCCUGCAUGUGGGCGAGUUCCAGGGGCAAGAAGUCUCCCUGUGGGACCUCCUCUUCUCUCAGUACAUCUCAGAGGGCAAAAGAGAAGAGCUUCUAAGCAUAUAUAGAAAUUGUCAACUUACUCCUGAGGAAUUGGCAGCUGUUCUUUCUACUCUUAUUACUGAAAUGUCAGAGCAAGGUAAUAAAUUUCCAGCAGAUAAUCUAUCAGCUGCUGACAUGUCUUCAUCUGGGACAGAAGAAGCAUCACUUCUGGAAUGGGAAGAAAAGGAAAAAGCUCUGAAAUCCCGAAUGGUGGAAGUCACCAUAGGUGAGUUCUGUGGACAGAAACUUUCUGUGUGGGACAUCCUUCACUCCAAAUACAUCCCUGAGGAGAAGCAGAAGGAGUUGUUGAAGCUGUACAAAUCUGGUAUCCUCACCAUUGACCAAGUAGAAACUGUUGCCACCUCCAUUGUCACUAAAACUGAGGAGCAUCCGGAGAGGACUUCACAUCUUAGCAGUGACACAACUGAGCAAAAGGAUAUUGAAGCUCCAGAGUCAUCAUACUAUGACCUUCUCCAGCACACCUUGCGCCUUAAAAAUAUUGAUGUCACCAUACGAGAAGUCCAUGGUCAAAAGGCUUCCGUCUGGGAUCCUUUCUUUUCACGGUUUGUCUCUAAUAUCAGGAAAGAGGAGAUUGUACACAGACAUGGAGCACCAACAGUAAGCGUUAAAGAAAGUAUUCAAAGCAUCACUACACUUAUUACAGAACCCGCAAUGGGUAGUGGCACACCAUGCAGAAGUAAGGAAAUUCCCACUGAAGACAUUAAACCACCCAGAACACUUGACACUUCUCAGGCAGAAGACCAAGAGAAAACACAGAAUUCUUUGAAAUCCAGACUGGUAAACGUAUCCAUUGGUCAAUUCCAUGAGCCCCAUAUAUCACUGUGGGAUCUGCUCCAUUCUCAUUAUAUCCCCGAGGAGAAACGGAAGGAGCUGCUGCAACUGUACCAAUCUGGCAUCCUCACCAUUGACCAAAUGGAAACCGUUGUGACUUCAAUCAUCAACAGAACAGAGGAGGAGAAAGUCACUGACUCUGGAUGUGUUGCAAGUCCAAAACAAGAGACACGGUUGCCAGAAAGAGAUGAGAACGUUUGCCUCUCCCCUUCCUCUUCUUUGGAAAACAUGCUACGCUCUGAGAGUUUUGUGGUGCCAGUUGGAGAGUUCAAAGGGCAGAUGGUGUCUUGCUGGAAUCUCCUCUCCUCCAAAUACAUCUCAGAGGAGAAGAAGCAGGAACUUCUAAACAAAUGUGAAGCCAAAGCGCUCUCUGUGCAGGAACUGAUAGGCAUUCUCACCAACAUCAUCACCAAAAUGGAAAAGUGUGACAGAGAUCAGCCAGCAAGUGCAGAGGGCAGCCUCACGGAGGAACACGUCGAUUCACAUGCACGGCAGCAGCAGCUGAGGAAAUCCUUGAGGACAACUAUGGUCCACGUGACUGCCGGAGAGUACAAGGGGCAAAAGGUGUGUGUGCUGGAUCUUCUGUUUUCUAAGUAUGUCCCUCAAGAUAAAAGGCAAGAGCUCCUUGAACUGUACAGAGCAGGGACACUGUCCAUUCAAGAAAUGAUAUCCACCAUCACUGCCAUGAUUGAUGAGGUUGAAAGCAAGCAUGGGAAGCACAACAGAAAAACGUCCUGCAGAAAAGGGAAAGUAUGUUGGAAGGACCAGGGUGCCCACUCAUAGCCAAGUGAGUCAUCAAAGGCCGGUGGCUCGUUCGUCUCUCUCUGACCAAAGGCUGCCUGCCCCCCUCCUCCAGCCUCCAUCCUUAACCAACAUUCUCCUUCACAAGCACACCAAGGACGGGCCCUGUCAUCAGGAAGCCCUUCAUCCGCUGUGACCUUUUGAGAGAGUUCUUCAUGCUCUUGUUUCUCUCCGUUCUCUACUGCUGCAUUUGCACACUGGUGGGGGGCCUGGGGCAAUUCUUGUCUUGAGCAUCUGGACUUCUUCCCUGGACUGCCAGUCACAACUGAAAGAAGUUCUGCUCAUACAGCACUCUCCUAAAUGUGGCAAGUACCUCAGGGACUUUCUAGGAAAUUCUACUCCGGGUUUCUAUUUGGCAACAUUUGUGUGCCCUGAAAGGCAUGGGGUGUGUGACUUCAGGCAAUCUCUGCAUGAAACAGAGGGGUCUCCAUCACCACUGGUGGCUACUCAAGGAUGGUGCAACCAAGGACAAGAGUGAAUUAUUCGUGACUUGAGGGUGCAUUGAGAGUGCUCAGAAGCAGAAUGUUACUCCCCCCACCCCCUUCAGAAUCUCUUAAGCUGGUCUGUGGAGUUCACAGUGGGAAAUGACUUGGGCUGAAUACUUGAUUUCCACAUCCAUCCAUUUUUUGGUCAAGUGCUGCUUUUUCCCUGUAGAUUGUGGGGACCAUAGGAAACUUGGCUUCAAUUUUCACUGAUCUUUGUUUCUUCCACACCUGGGGUUGCAGCACCUGCCCUGGAAACAUUGCAAGUGGGCUGAAGCUGUGAGCCCAGGUCCAAAGGCCCUUCCAUUCUGUGACGAGUUCCAGAGCGGGUCCUUCAUGAGAAAGGACACUGGAAGGAUGUCACAGAGCAACUACUCAGCUUGACUGUUUCUGCUAACAAUAAAGGACAACUUUAAAACUC